CGUUAAAAUGGUAUUGAAACCCUCGCGGUUUCUGAUUUCUGAGUACUGACCUGCAUCUUGUUCGUGUUGUCCAUCAAUGGUGAUUGCUUCUGCGACUAUCCAGUCAUCAUGUCUUCCCUCAAACCGUGGUUGCCUGAUCAAAGGACCUUCUAGUUCACGAAACGCUUCCUUAUCUUUGUCUUUCGGCAGAAAUUCCAGAACUCCUUGUGCAUGCAGAACCAAAGGCCUUAAUUUGCUGCCUGACCCUCUCAGGCUGCAGUGGUCCUCUCUUGCAGCAGUAGAAAAUGACACAAGUGCAGUAUUGGAUGGUAGUACCAAGGACCAGAUAUCAGUCUUUCAUCCAUCUGAUCAGUCUGAUAUUCAUGAAGAUUGUACAGAAGUAUCUGGUGAAAGUGCAGAAAGAAAAGAAGGUCCAGAAUGCUUAGAUGAUGGCAGGAUGAUCAGGGUUUGUGACAAGCUUAUUGAGGUGUUUGUGGUUGACAAACCCAAUCCAACUGAUUGGAGAAGGUUAUUAGCUUUCAGCAAAGAAUGGAGCAAUAUCCGCCCUCAUUUCUAUAGACGGUGUCAGGAGCGAGCAGAUAAUGAAAGUGAUCCUGGUAUGCAGCACAAGCUACUUCGGCUUCAAAGGAAGCUGAAAGAGAUUGAUGAUGAUGUGCAAAGACAUAAUGAACUUAUUGAAGUUGUUAGGUCAGCACCAUCUGAGAUCAGUGAAGUUGUCGCCAAACGGCGUAAAGAUUUUACCAAGGAGUUCUUUGUCCAUCUUCACACUGUAGCAGAAUCAUAUUAUGAUGAUCCAGCAGAGCAAAAUGCUUUGGCAAAGCUCGGGAACACAUGCUUGGCUGUGGUACAAGCCUAUGAUACUGCAUCCGAAAGUAUUGAAGCCUUGAAUGCUGCUGAGCUGAAGUUCAAUGAUAUAAUCAAUUCGCCUAGUUUAGAUGUUGCUUGCCAAAAGAUAGACCAUUUGGCUGAGAAAAACCAACUUGAUUCUGCAUUGGUACUAAUGAUCACCAAAGCCUGGUCUGCUUCCAAGGAGUCAAACAUGAUGAAAGACGAGGUCAAAGAUAUAUUAUAUCACUUGUAUAUGACCGCUCGAGGCAAUCUUCAGAGGCUCAUGCCAAAAGAGAUUAGGAUACUUAAGUAUCUUCUCACAAUUAAGGAUCGUGAGGAGCAGCUAUGUGCCUUAAAAGAUGCAUUCACACCUGGAGAUGAACUUGAAGGGAAGGAUGUAGACUGCCUUUACACAACCCCAGAGAAGUUGUUUACCUGGAUUAGAACAGUGUUGGAUGCAUUCCAUUUCAGCAGAGAAGGAACUCUUAUCCAGGAAGCUAAGGAUCUGAUGAAUCCGCAGAUCAUUCAGAGAAUGAAGGAGCUGAAGAAACUAGUUCAGAAUAACUUCAUGUGAGGAACUAACUUAUCUCAAUUAAAACACAAUAACCCAAGUCCAAGCUCAAGGA